UCGCAAUUUGAUGGAUCGAAGUUGCUUACAGAGUACUCUAUACGACGGCCGUUAACCUUAUCUCAUGGUAACGUUAUUACCGAGGAAGGCGCGUGUAAAUCGAAAGUUGCCAGCCCCCGGAUCCGCCGGUUGACUGCGAGCUUCUCGCGCAAGAUGUGGCGGAGCAUGCAGCAUGAUGCAGGUAUCACAGCGGUCCUCUGAAACGCCGCUCGACGACUCAAACUGGCGAACAGUUAUACAAGAGAACGCAUCUGUCUUGGCAGCGCCUUUGAGCAACUCGGCCCAUCAUUCAUCAAUAUUACACUCAUCACCUUCUUCUUUGUCGGACACCAGGUUUUUACCCACCAUGUCAACCCAAACCCAACCUCAAUCUCAACAACAAGAACCGCUCACCUUCCCCUCCCACCAUGCCGCCCUUAUCCAACCCUACCUACCCCCGGUCGCUUCCUCUUCCUCCUCCGGCUCCUCCUCGGGAAUCACUCCAUUCCCGCACGUAACCCUCACCUACGCCCACUCCCUCGACGCGGCUUUGUCCCUCGCGCCAGGCGUCCGCACGGCCCUCUCGGGAUCUCAGUCCAAAGCCAUGACGCACUUCCUGCGCGCCCACCACGACGGGAUCCUCAUCGGCGCCGGGACGGCCGUGGCCGACGAUCCGGGCCUGAAUUCACGGCUUGUCUUUCUCGAGGACGACAACACGGAGGUGUCAUUAGCCGCAAGACAGCCGCGGCCGGUGGUGCUGGAUCCGCGGGCGCGGUGGGAGGUGCAUGAGGGGAGUAAGGUUGUGGUGCUGGCAAGAGAGCAGAGAGGGUUGGGGCCGUGGGUUUUGGUUAAUUCUGGGACGGUGGUGGACGAGGGGAGGAGGAAGGUUCUGGAGGCGGUUGGGGGGAGGUAUAUUCCACUGGAGGCGAGGAGGGAGGGGGAAAGGUUUGAGUGGGAGGAUGUGCUGCGGGCGUUGAAGAGGGAGGGGUUGGGGAGUGUCAUGAUUGAGGGUGGCGGGGACGUGAUUAACUCGCUGCUGGCGCCGCCCGUGAAUCGGUUUGUUGAUUCGGUGAUUGUGACUAUUGCGCCCACAUGGCUUGGUCAAGGAGGUGUGGUGGUGUCGCCCCCGAGGACCGCUGGUGAGAACGGGAAGCCGGCGCCGCCGGUGAGGCUGACGGACGUGACGUGGUGCCCGUUGGGGGAGGAUGUGGUGUUGUGCGGGAGGGUUUCAAGAUGAACGGCAGGUGUCAUCUUCCGUUCCUCUAAGAGCA